GUAAUUGUUCUUCCACGAGAAUAGGUACUUUGUUCUUGUCUUGCCCGAUUGUAGCUGCGACGAUAGCAUAUACUACUUCGCGCAAACGAACGAAAACGAGGCAGCAAUUAUCUUCAUUUUACCUCAGGCUAUGAUAUAGCUCAGAGUCAGUGUCGAGCUGAGGCUGACUCAGACUGCUUUGAACAGAGCUUGGAUUGAACUUGGAACUGGUCACCAGGCAACCAAAGUUCGGCUUGGUUCAGAUCUGUUACAGCACAUCUCCUCUUGCCUGUCCAGAGCGUCGCUUCUCUGUCCGUUGCUUCGAAAAUCGGCCUUUGUUGAAGCGCGUUGUGGCUUGUUUUCUUGGGGUCUCCUGCUGCAACAAUGUCUUGGCAAUCGUAUGUGGACGACCACCUGCUGUGCCAACUUCCAUCAGGGAACCAGCUCCGGCAUGCGGCAAUCUAUGGGCAAGAUGGGAGCCUCUGGGCGGAAAGCGCAGAAUUUCCAAAAAUCCUCCCUGAGGAGAUCGAAAAGAUUGUGGCUGGAUUCGCAGACCCCAAUCUUCUUGGACCGACAGGCAUUAUGAUUGCGGGACAGAAGUACAUGGCAGUUAUGAGCGAAAAGGAUGUGGUCCUACGAGGCAAGAAGGGUCCCGGAGGCUGCACAAUCAAGAAGACAACGAGUGCACUCCUGAUUGGCAUUUACGAAGAACCAGUGCAACCUGGGGAAUGCAACGUGGUUGUCGAGAAUCUUGGGGACUAUCUGAUUGGCCAAGGAUACUAGGCAGUCCUGUGUAAGAGCGUUGUGCCGAUAUGCAUCCGUUCUCAUGUGAAAAGGUCCAACUGCCAGUAUUCAGGGAGGAAGAAAUGAAGCUUGCCUUCUUCAAUAGUCUGUAGUUGCUUAUCUUGUCGAAUCAGGCUACCUGGACGAUGACGAAACACAGUAGUCCAAUCUUCAAAGAAACUGUCCUCAACGCUGGCAACCACCAAUUUUGGCGUUUUGGCAGCAUCUUUUUGCACAAACGAGAACGUAAACAAGCUUUUCUGUGUGAAGGAGAAAUGCUCGGAAAGUGCUUUGCUUCCUGCAUGAGUUGUCAUAUUAUCCUUGUUUUAUAAGUUCUCAAUCCUUGGCACAUGGUCCCAACUUUGCC